UUGGGUAAUAUAUCAAUGAUAAUAAUAAUAAAUAUAUAAAAACAAAAUACAUAAAAAGAGCUUAGCAAGAGCUAAAAGAGCGUACAACAGCAAUUGCUGUUGCUGCUGUUAGUUUGCCUUGUCAUGCAGCAGCAACAACAUCAUCAAACAAACAGUCAGAACAAUUUGACAUUUCUAAAAUCAAAUUACAAAUACAAGCGCAGAAACAUGCUGGCAAUGCGCGCACUUCCGUUCGCAGCGCGUAAGCCAAACCAAUUAGCGGCAACAUUGUCAAAGACGUCAGCAACGGCAGCAACUGUGGCAGCACCGGCAGCAACUGCUGCUCGCGAAUGUAGCACAAUUCUAAGUUUAUUUAUAGUAAUCAUAUGGAUGGCUUUGCAGGCAAUGGCCAAUUGCCUGCGCUAUGCUCGACGCAUAAUUGCCAAUGAUCAUGAUCAUGAUCAUGAUGAUGAUGUUGCUGCUGGCCAUGACCAUGACGUCAAUACACAAAUACAAGCACAUGCACGCAAUACGCACGCCGGCAACGACGACAACAUUGACGCUAAUGACGAGGUGUCAACGGCACGUGAACAACAACAGCAGCAGCGGCAGCAGCAGCAGCACCAGCCACAUUUAUCUACUUCUAGUCCACAAAAGAGCAGCCACUGCACGGCAGCAGCAGCAGCAGCAGCAACAGCAACAGCAACAGGCACAGGUACAACAGCAACACGCGUCAUGUUGCCAGCAGCAGCCAAGUCUGGACAGCCAUUGAUGACUUUGUUAAUUGCAUUGCUGCUGAGCAUGCGGCACGCAUCGGCCGGCACCUGUUGGCAGACGCAUAUGGGCAGCGGUAAAUGCACUCAAAUCUAUUCAACAAACAUCACAAAAUCGGAUUGCUGCGGCGCCAGUCAGACCUUCUCCUACACGGAUCGCGAGCUAAGCAGCGUCGAGCAUUUCUUUGCCACAGCCAUCGGAGGCGGCGUUGAGUGUGCGCCGUGCAUAGAAAGCUGCAAGGGCUUCAAAUGUGGGCCAAACAAGAAGUGCGUGAAGCGCAAGGGCAGGCCAAAAUGUGUGUGUGCGCCCGAGUGUGGAGCGACAUUGCGCCGGAAGCAGCAACAGCAACAACAGCAGCAACAUCACAAUGCACCGGAGCAGCAGCAGCAACAACUGUGGGCGUCAUCGUUGCGCGGUUCACGUAGUCUAAGUAGCGAAAUUACAAACAGCAAUUUAGGUUUAGAUGGCGCCAAACGCCAGCAUAAACAAAGCGACAACAGCAACAACAACGGCGCUGAUAACCAAAGAAAACAACAGCAGCAGCAGCAGCAGCAGCAACAAAGCCAAGAGAAGCGUAUGCCAAAGCGAGCAAGUCAUAGUAGUGGAACAGGGCAGGGCGAGACGAGGCACAGAAGACUUUUGAUUAUAGACAGCAGCAAUUUGCAAGAGCAGCCCACAACCAGACGGCUGCACAUGGAGAGCAGCAGCAGCAGCAGCAGCAGCAGCAGCAGUAGCACUGGAGGCAGAGUGCAAAUGCAGAUGAAGGUAGAAAUGGAGAGAAUGACGCCGACUUGGAGCAGCAACGAGCGGCGCAGACAUAGAAAAAAUAACAGCAGCAACAGCAGCAGCAGCAGCAGCAGCAACAACAAUGGCAAACACUUAACAAGAUCAAUGACGACAACAACAGCAGCAACAGGAGCCAAUGACUCGUCCACGACGCCUGCGCAGACAUCUCAGUCUAGACACAAGUUGGCAAAUGCUAAUGAACCCGCCAACGACAUUAAUAGACAGACGUCGCCAAAGCGAGUCAGACACCAGCAGCAACAUGCUCCAAAUCACGAGCAACAAUACGAACAGCAGCAGCAGCAGCAGCGGCAGCAGCGCAGGCGCAAGCACAAGCACAACCACAAGGAUCAACGACGAACAGCAGCAAAUACCACAAUGUCUGGCUUGGGCUCAGUCUCUGUCUCUGGCUCGGGACGUCGUCGCUUGUAUUUGCCUGAACACGGAAGUGAAUUGGCUGCGUCAUCAGCGGGCAACAGUCACGGCCACUUGGCUAAUGUCGAUGAUUUAGCAUUUUUGCCAGCAAUUUAUGAACGAGCGCCACUGCAAAAGCAAAAACAACAACAGCAACACACGAAUCCGGUUUGCGGCAACGAUGGACGCACCUACAAUACCGAAUGCCAGCUGCGCAAACGCGCCUGCCGCACCAACAACGCCCAAUUGGAGGUCGCCUAUCGCGGCCACUGCAAGACUAGCUGCAAUGGCGUCCAGUGUGUAAAUGGCCUGACCUGUGUCGAGGAUCAAUACAUGAUGCCCCACUGCAUAACAUGCAAGAUCGAUUGUCCCUGGGACGACAUCGCGUACGAUCUGGACGGCGAUGGCCAGCCAGACGAGGCGCCAAUUGUUGAGGAGCGGGCAGUUUGCGGCGUCGACGGGAAGACAUAUCGUAGCACUUGUGAUAUAAAGCGUAUGAUUUGCAAAAUUGGACGAUCAAUUGCUGUGGCAUAUCCGGGUCCAUGUCGUGCGGACCGCGUCACCUGUGCGGACAUCAAGUGCGGCCCAAAGGAUACCUGCCUGGUGGACCUGCAGACGCAUCUGCCCCGCUGCGUCUCAUGCCGUUACAAAUGCGCACGCAAACAGCAGCGAACGCCAUUUAGAGCGGAUAAAAUCUGUGGAUACAACAAUCACACUUACAACUCGUGGUGUGAGAUGCGCAAGGAUUCAUGUGCCACGGGCUUUUUCAUAGGCGUCCGAUCCACGGGCGUCUGUUAGAUCAAAUUAGCGAAAUAUUAUCAAACAAACAAAAUCACAUUAGCUUACAUAAACAUAUAUAUAUAUAUUGUGCGCAUAUAUGUAUAAACACAUAGCGCAUCUCUCUGUGUAGUUCCAACAUCCAAAGAUUCUUGUUGUGCGUUUUGUUUAGUGUUGUAAACCGAUGCAAGGGCCUUAGGCUGCUGCCAAAACUUUCCACUAUACAAAUCACGGUUGUCAGUUAAUCGAAAAAUGUUGUACCAAAGCAUAAAUGUACCUAAUUUUGAAAAAAGGUACAAAGUGAAAUGGUUUUAAAAAAUUACCAGCAUAUUUUAGAAGUGUACCAUUGCUUCAACAAACUAAGAAAAUGUGACAAUUUUGCAGCAUUUAGGUACGGUGUACCAUUGGUGAUGAAUAGUUCAAACUUGUACUAUUAAUUACACAUGUACUAUUGCUUAAGAAAAGUACCAGCGGGUACCAAUAUGAAAGAUAUCGAGGCAUAGAUGGCGUUCUAAGAUAUAUUGUACC